AUGCAAUGCCCAAGUGGAGGAAUGCGAGGUUUACAGAAAAGCUCUCAGCGUCUGAAGGAUAUUCGCUCUGCAGGCGGUCUCCGUGGUCCGACCAGAAACCAGGCGAUCAAGACUGGAGAUGGAGUUGUGUUUCCGUAUUUGAAUGAGAUUAUGAUGGUGUUGGAGACUAAUGUGCUGUUUUACCUGGAAGAAUCCAAUGCCAAUGUUGAUUACCAAGGGUACAUAUUCCCAAUGAGGCGUGCGGAGUUGCCAAACUCUGAAACACAACUGCUCAUCGUUCAGUUUGAGUGGCAUGGAGUUUUAAUAUCUGUAUCCGGCACAUUGAUUGGUGUCAGUCCCGAGUUUGAAAUUGCACUACACACUCUCUGCUUCUUUGCUGGAGGGGAAGAUAACCAUGUAGAUAUUGGCCCAUAUUCAGUGAAUAUCAGGUUGGGGGAUAACAAGACUGGCUCAGCUUUCCCAAAUGCAGAAAACUGA